AUGAUUGGAUUAUUCAAAAUCGUUCAAAGAUUUCAUAUAUUUAUGGAAAAUAUCAGUGUUUGUCGAAAUGCUGCAUGGAUUAAACAAAAAGAAGCCAAAAAUCAUUGCCGGCUAGCAGAAAAAAAAAAAGGCUCAAGAGCUUCAUAUUUUUUAAACAGAUCCGAACUUGGCUUUUAUCCCGUCGUACUAUUACGAUAUUUGGAUAUCUGCAGAUAUAUAUCUACAAGUUCAAUGUCAAGUUCAACGUUUAACAUAGUUAAACUUCACGAAUCACUAGUGAACACGCACCUUCAGCGUGUUAGAAGUGAAUCGUAUGAUGCACGCAUGAGAAUAUGA